GAGGAAGUAACAAAAAAAAAAGAUCAGAAAUUGUAUUGCAGUGUUUUAGGGUUUUGUGUUGCAUCAGAAAUUGUGUUCCUUUGGCCUCCUCCAAUAACCCUAAAAACUAGGGUUUUGGGUUUUGUGUUGCAGUGUUUUAGGGUUUUUGCGAGGUGAAGGAAGGAGGAGCUUGAUGGAAGAAAUUGUAGAAGGCGUGGAUUCCAUAAACUUGGGUUCCGAUUCGUAUAAGAAGAAUCGGAUUCAGGUCUCCAACACCAAGAAACCUUUGUUCUUCUAUGUCAAUCUCGCUAAGAGGUACAUGCAGCAGCAUGAUGUGGUUGAACUUUCUGCUCUUGGAAUGGCAAUUGCCACAGUUGUUACAGUUGCCGAAAUUUUGAAAAACAAUGGACUGGCUGUUGAGAAGAAGAUCACAACCUCAACUGUUGAUAUCAAGGACGACUCAAGAGGCCGACCUGUCCAGAAGGCUAAGAUCGAGAUCUUGCUGGGUAAAACCGAAAACUUCGAUGAAUUGAUGGCAGCUGCUGCCGAGGAAAGGGCGGAGACAGGUGAUGCAGAUGAGCAGAGUUAAAAGAUGAAUUACCACCAUUUGCUGUAUCUUUUAUUUCUGCUAUAAUUUUUGUUUGUGAUGAACCCAAUUCUCCAUCAUUUAUUGUAGCUCUCUAGGGGUACUUGAAGAGUUAAGGCACUAUUUUUCAUAGUCAGUUUGUUCAUAGGUUUCGUUUUAGAGAUCUUCAAAGUUUCUUUUGGAGUCUUUUGCCAUAUACAAAACCAAUUUUUGCAUCGUUA